GGGAGCUGCUGUCUGAGCAGGAAGCUGCAUCUUCACUGGCCGGCCCGGAGGAGACCUGCGGUCGCGCUGAGAGCCCGACGGACCUUCCCCAGGGGCGCGCCUGCCGCACACCGCCUCGCCCCGCCGGGCGCUUCGCAUCAGGGGCUCCCCCAGGGGGAUGAGCAGCGUGACUCUCCUGGCCUGGGACAUCUGAGAAGAUGCUUGCUAUGAGGCUGCUCACUUGCUUCCUGCAGCUCCUGGCUGGGCUGGCCCUGCCUGCUGUGCCCUCCCAGCCGUCGGCCUUGCCUGCUAGGGACAACUCGUCAGAGACGGAAGUGGUGCCCUUCCAGGAAGUGUGGGGCCGCAGCUACUGCCGGUCGAUGGAGAAGCUGGUGAACAUCGUGUCGCUGUACCCCAACGAAGUGCAGUACAUGUUCAACCCGUCCUGCGUCGCCCUGCUGCGCUGCACCGGCUGCUGUGGCGACGAGUCCCUGCACUGUGUGCCCGUGGAGACGGCCAAUAUCACCAUGCAGAUCCUGAAGAUCGGCUCUAAGAAGCAGUCCUCCUAUGUGGAGAUGACAUUCUCCCAGCACAAGCGCUGCGAGUGCAGGCCUGUAUGGGACGUGAUAAAGCCAGAAAGGAGGAGAAACAAGGGCAGUGGGAAGAGGAAGAAAGAGAAGCAGAGACCCACAGUCUGCCACCUGUGCGGCAAUACUGCUCCCCUGAGGUAACCGGCCCUUCGGAGGAGAGAGACCCCGCACUGGCUCCUGUAUUUAUUAUCAUCACACUCUGUUACCUCCCUGCUGGCACCUGCCCUCUAUUUAUUAGCCAACUGCAUCCCUGCUGAAUGACUCGCUCCCUCCAAGAUGAGGGACAGGACCCUCAGGAAUUCAGUGCCUUAAACAGAACGUGAGAGAAAGAAGGCAGCCAUGGAUCGAGUAUGUGCCAGCUUGGGAAGAAGCGAGACAUGCGGCUUUGUCAGGGGCAAGUCAGGACCCAGGGGCACCCGGGGUCUCCGAGGGCCUGGAGAGAGGAGAGAAGAGGGGGAACCCACCGCCUGUCCCUGGGCCUCGGGCUCGGCAUGGACCAGCAGCCCUUGCUUUGGAAGCUCCUGGCGAGGAUGGGGUGGAGGGGCUUGCUCCGGCGGCUGUGGCCACGGCCUGGCUGAGUGGGGGGGAGGCUGGCAGGGGUGGAGGCAUCCUGUGGCUUCCUCCUCUUCCUGGCCAGGGCUCUGCACCCCAGGGAGCAGACCAUGCAGCUCUGGAGAACCGUGGGCCCCUGGGGCCUUUGUCACUCCUAGUCCCCUGCGGUCUCUCCUCACAUCUGGCCACUGCUUGUUCUUCAUGGCCGAGGAAGGCUUCCCACUCUGCCCCUGUCAGGGACGCAGGCAAAGAGUGGGCCCCAGGCUGGACAUGGAGCGAGCUGCCCUGCGUGGCUGCCCGACUGCCCGACUGCCAAGCCAGAUUCUCUUGAAUAAAGUUAUUCUAGUCUGGAA